AUGAGCAAUUCUCUCGAUAUACAGAACAUGCUCCAGACGGGGUACUUCACCACGUCAAGGGCGAAGCAUGGCUACUCAGCAUCGACCGGUUCUGCAAUGAGCUCCAUGCGCUCCUCCGAGUCCCCUGAGCCGCCGGUGUCUCGUCUCGCUCCUCGAUACUACGACGACAUCCCUUAUCGACGCCGCUCAUUCCUGCCCUCACCAACUGUCGAAGAUGAAGUUGACUCGCUCGCAAAGGAGUUCCGUGGCCGCGUCGAGCUUGUUGCGGAGGAGGAGCCUCAGUCAAGGGGGGAAGUCGACCAGCAGCCGCUCAUGCUAGAGGUCCACGAGUACAACCUCGAGCGGCGCUUCGUCAUUGUACCGGGAUCCUCCAAGUCGAGCACCUCAGAGAGCGGGGCUGAAGAUGGCGCAUCCAGAGAGAAGCUUCGCCAAGAGAAGGAAAAGAAGAAAGAGAAGAGGAAGGCGUCUGCGUCCACGUCGCCAGAAGCAUAUACCCGGACGAGCAACGAACCCGAAACGGUGGAUCCCAAUCGCCUGAAUGGCACGGCACCAAAGCUGGAGAAACGAGGAAGCAGGCAAGAGUUGCCCAAGUUGGAGACGGACGUCAACGAGAAGAGGGUGCCGAGCCACCAUCGGAGCAAAUCUGCUGCUAGUGCGCCGCGCCCCGAGGAGUUUACUCAGGCGUAUCGCAAAUAUGGCGAAGAAUAUCUUUCGCCGCAGGUCACCAAGCAUGGGCCGAAUGGCCGGGACAAGACUUACUAUCAUCCUCCCACCCAGAGCAGCGUCAGCCUGGGAGGGGCGGAUGAGCAGAGGCGGGAUGACGACAAGUAUCAUAGACGAAGCGCGACGGUCUCAAUGGAAGGGCGACCAAACUCAAGCUUCGAACCGUUUCGGAAGUCUACGUCAAACGACCGCGUCAACGGGCCGCGGCCUCUGGACGGCACUCGACCUGCGCGAGAUGACUUUAGAGAGGGGUCCUAUUCGGCAUAUAGACCAUCCCCCGUCGAGGGAGGUGAUGGCAAGAGUCAGCAUUCCCGCUCUCCCUCCAGAGUCCCUACCAUGCCGACCAUGCCCGUCGAGCCGCCAGAGGACUGGGGCAACCGAAGCCCCCCGGCGCUUAACCUUCCCUAUCCAGACGACGAUGAUGCAAUUGUUGCUUGGCCAGAGACUGAAGGGGACGCUGUGAGACAAUCCCAAGCGACUAGCGCGUCAUCCAUCUUGAUGCCCGCUAUACCUCAAGUCGACGAUGAGCUGAUGGCGCCAGAUGUCAGGUCUGUUAGAUCACCAACUCCCAAGGAUUCAUCGGCGACGACGAAACCCUGGCAGCCGCCCCCGUUCGACCCAAGCAAAUCUGGAGUGCGUCCAGACCUGACGGUUGGAUCAUACCGACGCUACUCUGAGACCAAAGGUCAUGACAGGCAAUCAGAUCUACCAGAUAUUCCAGAAUGCAAGCGCACGGAGCCGGUAGCUGGGAAGAUGGACUGGCUCACGCUCCCCAGGACGGACUUCAAUAUCUGCCCGGACUGCUACGGUGCUGUCUUUGCAGAUACACAGUUCCGAACUCACUUCCACCCAGUGUUACGGCCAACAGGCAGCCCGAUCGCAUGCGACUUCGGCUCAUCCCCAUGGUAUAGGAUUGCCUGGCUUCUCACGCUGAAGCACAGAGUGCCUGAUCUGCAGUUGUUUCACUCUCUUGCAAACGUCAUGCACGAGUCUCGCAACUAUCCAUGCCCCGUUGACCGAAAGGUAACGCGAGUCUGGUAUACGGUUAAAGACCCCUACACCAGGCGGCCAAUACCUGAGUUUGCGGUGUGCUACCAGUGCGCGAAGACGGUGGAAACGCUGUUUCCGAACCUGACCGGCGUUUUCAUUCCCCUCGAUCCUCGAGGUGAGCCCACCCGUAACGUUUGCUCUCUGCAUUUCACACCCCAGAGAAAGCAAUUUGUACUCUUCUUCGACGCUUUUGAAACUACGUCGGACAAGGGCUACGUGACCAACCGAAAGCCAGACAUCGGCGAUCUCUCCAUGAUGCUUACGCGAUUGAGCACCCUUGAUGAGUGCCGCGAAGACCGCCGCGUUAGCGAUGGAUACUGGUAUGUCAUGGAGUAUCUGCCGGAGUUCACCGUUUGUGGGGAGUGCUACGAAGAUGUGGUUCGACCUCUGCGCAUGGAAGACAAUGUCAUAGCGCAAAACUUCUACCCGAAGCCCACAAAGCUUCCCAUUGCGACAUGCCAGCUCUACUCUCCUAGAAUGAGAGAAGUCUUCAGGAGAGCCUGCAGGAACAAGGAUCCCGAGUAUUUGGAGGCAAAGGUUCGAGAGAGAUUGAAGGUCGAAAAGGACAUACACGCCAAGUUUGUCGACCUGGUAAGGGAUAAACGAAGUGCACGGACGGAUGAACAGAUUGACAAGCUGAGCAGAGAAUGGAAGAGAUGGGAAUGAAAGUGGA